AUGUCGGUGCAGAGGCAUUUCAUCUUAACCUCCAAGAACUCCAGUGGCCACACUUUACCUUCCUCAGAGGAAAUUGGCGCGUCUUCAUCUGGAGGACCUGAAUGGCCCACAGAAUAUUACAGGAACGUGCUGAAAGCGCUGCAGGAGAAAGAAGCGACAGGCAGGAAAGCCGAGCCAGAGGAGCAAAUGGAGACCGCACUGCAGAAUCAAGAUGCAGGAAAGACUGCAGACGUUAAGAAAGCAGAGAAGAGGCGAGAAACAUCCAUGUAUUUUCGGCUUCAAAGGAUACAUGCUGAAAUUAAAAGUGCACUCAGAAUUGAUCAUCUUAACGUGAACAGAUGUAUUGCAGCCUUAGAUGAACUUGCUGCCCUACAGAUCACGAUGCAACAAGCUCAGAAACACACACAGUUGAUUACAACACUGGAAAAGAUACAGCGAUUCAGAGUUAGUCAGGUGAUCAUGGAAAAGUCUACAGCGUUGUACAACAAGUUUAUGAAUAUGCUGUUGAGGGGUGAAGGAGGCUUUGUGAUCACACAGGUGCUGAAUAAAUCACUCGCAGAACAGAAACAGCACGAGGAAGCGAAUAAAACCAAAGAUCAAGGAAAGAAAGGGCCAAACGAAAAGCUAGAAAAGGAGCAAGCCGGUUCCAAGACGGUAAAUGGAGGCUCAGGUGCCCGGGACAGUGGCGAUCGCAGUGAAGAAAGCAAAGACCAUCACGCGGCCAGCGCUGCAACCAAGACGAACAGCGAAGAGAGCGAUGGGGAGCUAUCGCUGCGAGGCUUCUCCCUCGGUAACUAG